AUGUCUAUGCUUCUGGUUGAUUUUAGCAAUGCCUUUAACAUGAUAGAUCGUAGUACUAUGCUUAGAGAAGUCCGACGUCGGUGUCCUUCGCUCGCUCCUUGGGUUGAAUUCUGUUAUGCACGGCCUGCUAGGUUGUAUUAUGAGGGUUCUAUCUUGUUAUCUUCCCAGGGGGUUCAGCAGGGUGAUCCUUUGGGGCCUUUGUUGUUUGCGCUCACCUUGCAUCCACUUGUCCAUCUGAUCCACGAAAAAUGCAAUCUUGAUUUCAUGGCUUGGUACCUCGACGACGGUACCAUUAUUGGGGACACUACUUUGGUUUCCUCGGCUUUGCAGGUGAUCACUACUGAGGGUCCGACAAUGGGGUUGCAUUUAAAUGUUGAGAAAACGGAAAUCUUUUGGCCUACUCCUGAUCCGAGGAGCUACGAUUCCACACUUUUUCCUCCUAGUAUUGCCCGCCCCAGGGAUGGAGUCAAGCUUCUGGGUGGGCCUAUUAGCUUGGAUGCUGACUUUUGCAGCCGCUUGAUAGAGGACAGGGUCGCUAGGACUGUGGGUUUGAUGGAGGUCGUGGCUGGGCUUAAUGAUCCUCAAUCGGAGCUGCUUCUUUUGCGGAGUUGUGUGGGUGUUAGUCGUUUGUACUUCUCUUUACGGACUUGUCCGCCGCAUAUGCUCGGGUCUGCUCCUAUUUCCUUUGAUCUCGCCUUAAGGAAGGUUCUUCAAGAUAUUACUGUGGAUGGUGGUGCUGGCUUUGGAGAUUGGCAGUGGCGUUGUGGCACUCUACCUUUUCGGUUUGGUGGUUUCGGGGUCUACACCGCGCAGGCUUCUUCUGUAUAUGCGUUUGUUGCCUCGCGUCUCCAGUCUCUUGAUCUCCAGAACAGGCGCACUGCUUGGGCAUGGUGGUGA